AGUUUCUACGCCAGUCAGAAUUCUGUCGACUCCCGCCAAAGUCGCAAGUCGUCGGUAAUUAGUCAGCUUUUGAGUCUUGUGCAGUGAAGUCACCUCGGGAUCUCUGGUCGUUGGGAAUUUUUCCACAAGUGGAAAUUUCUACUCGCGAGCCUUUGAUAAGUGUAUCUUUUUUCGGAGAAAUUGGAAAGAGACGUGCAAGGAAGUGAGGAAAACCGCUCGAAACCGGAGCGAAAGAGAGUCCGAGCAUUUUUUUUGGUGCGUGUGACUGAGAUGAAACACUUUGGAGAUAGUAUUUAGUAAACUUUUCAGGAUGUUUAGUAAAUAAAUUGUCGCACAGUGGCGAAAUAAAAUAUAUUGUGGAGAUUGUGAAGAUCUGGGAUGUGAAGGAGCGCCAAAGAAAGUGAAUGCGAAGUGUUUGUGUUGUGUUAUUUGAAAACAUAUUAACUUUCCUGGUCGUCUAAUGAGUGAGCUCCCUUCUGUCAUCUCAUAACGCCGCAAGUGAGAAGCAGUAGAUUUUCCUGGGUGAGCGUCAAAGGUUGGAAAAUGAGUGUGUCUUUUGACUACUCCUCAAAGGCAAUGCUGAUGUCGUCGAACGUAGAUCUUCCACCUUUGGAUGGAUCCAUGCCAUCUUAUGCGGACAAGUGGUCUCUGAACACUCUUCCUGUUCCCAAAAUAAAGCACGAGAACCUGUCCAGCAUCUCCCACAUAGUGCCCACUUAUGAGCCCUUGAAGGCGUCUUCCCCCAUUCCCACCGUCAUCCAGAGGCCUCAGUAUGCGGCCAGCUCCACGCAGAUGCUUUCCAAGAGCGAGGAAGUGUCGAAUUUGAGAUCGUCGGAAGAGGUGCCAUCGGCUGUUAGCUCUGCGACCACAACAACCACCACUAUCAGCACAACCGAUAAGGACGACGUGAAGCCACCCCUCAGCUACGUGGCCCUCAUUUCAUUGGCCAUUCAGAACGCUCCUGGAAAUAGGGCCACGUUGAACGACAUUUACAAUUACAUCAUCAACACCUAUCCGUUCUACAAGAAGGGCAAGAAAGGCUGGCAGAAUUCCAUCAGGCACAACCUUAGUCUCAACGAGUGCUUUGUGAAGAUUCCCCGCGAGGGCGGAGGCGAGCGGAAGGGCAACUGGUGGACCAUGGAUCGGUCACAUGAGGACAUGUUCGAGAAGGGCAACUACAGGCGAAGACGGCGCAUGAAACGGCCCUAUCGCAGCACAGGAACCGCCUACCCAAAGCUGUACAACGCAGAUCCCUACGCGAGCAACCUCGGAGCCAGGGCGAUCUUCCCGCAAACGCCCUACGCCACCUUUCCGCGCUACGACACCGCCGGAGCACCCUGCGGCCCAUGGAUGCCACCGUCGCAGAUCCCAAACUACCCUCCAUGCCCGUCGCGCCCCGGCUACUCCUAUGGCCAGGACAUUUUUAUUGACUUUCAGCUGCAGCAGCCCGUCCAGUCCGUCGGCAUCAAUUCCUACAGUCCUCUGGCAAACAACAUCGUGUCUGGCAGCUCAUCACCCACAACCUGCUCCCGCCGAUACGACGCGACGCCCUAUCCUUACUGGUCUGACUCGACAAUAGCUAUGCCACAUCCGAUAAAAGAGGAGUGCAUCAGUCCCGUUAGCCAGAUGAACGUGACUUCCACGCAGCAGACUUAUCAGAAGAAUUACCUGCCACAGCCAUAAGUUGACGGAACCUUCGCGGACUCUCUUCACAGUCACUCAAUCAGCGUCAAUUCUUCCAAAUUGCUCAUGUUUUAAAUGGUCGGCGAAAAGAAUGUGAUUUCUGUGAUAGGGAUUAUUUUUAGGCAUUGAUUUGUGCGUGAAUUUCAUGAAUUUAUCUCCGGGAGUUGCGAGCACACCUGCUUCGCUUCCAACUCUAUUUCACUCUCUCCCUCUAUCUUCAAACUUUCCGUCCAGAGGAUCAUCUUCUAGCUUUCAGAGAGCACAAAAUUGUCUUAUCGCGUCAAAUGGUGAAUUUUACCAAAUUUUUUUUUGUUACUACAUAGUUAAUAUAUAUAUUGUCAAAGGUUAAUGCAAGAUGAAGAUGUGAAGGUAAAUAAAGAAAAUUGAAAUGAAA